CUUCUUCCCACUCCACCUCUCUAUCCUAUACGGCCACCUAUAAUGUCCAGCAUUCCUGACAAGAGGAAGCCUUCGGGUUCCAUAUCAGGGGACUCUCCUCAUGCGAAACGCCCCCGGUCCUACGCCGAUGACGACGCAGACGAUGCGGCUUCUUCUCCCAGCGUGACCCCGUACGAACGCCCUCGGAACCACCCUGUCUACGGACAAAAGAGCGCUUUUCCGGGCUUAGAUACCGGACUGGAGGAUGAAUUAUUUUAUGGCCCAGCAGAGGAUGGGAUGGAAUAUCUGCGCAUGGUUCGGUCCGAAGCCAAUUCGUUACCCGUUUUAUUCACGGCGCCCAAAACCUCAGAAACAGUCGUCGAAUCAACGAUCCAAGUUGAAGCGAAAGAAGAGACGCAUAAACUUCAAAACCCAGCUGACACCGAACGCGCGGGUACCUACGUCGAUGGUGUGUAUGUUGGACCUGUCACCAAUGGCGAUGCCGACAAAAAGACUGCACAGGCAGCUACGGACACCGAGGAGCCAUAUUCAGAAGCGCAGUCGAGCUAUUAUAACCUACUCCGACAUAGAUUUCUCCUUUUACGCUCGAUAUUAAAAUGCACACCCCCGCCCUCUACUAUCGCCGGAUUGGAUGACUCCCAUCCUAUCAGUCUUCCCAGAAACUCCAAGGUAGCGCGCAAGGAGUGGCGGCAUCUUUUACUUGCGGUGGAUCCGCAGACAGUUCAGUUGGCGUGUAUGGAUAUGGAUAGUGUCUUGGGUGUUCUGGAAAUCAUGGCACGGCUCAUGUCUGAGAAUGUGAGGAAUGGAGAUGCGGAGCGUGUACGGAGAAUUGGGGCCUGGGCUUGGGGUCUACUGGGGAAAUGCCGCGAAGUUGGACAACUGGGAACAGAGGAGGUGGCAGAAAUCCGAGAUUUGGGGAAGCGCGCGAUCAAGAUCUUGCAUAAGAUGAGAGAAGAUGAGAGGAACAGAACCGCAGCGGAGGAAGAUGUCUCGGAGCCAGAACUUGACGAGGAGAACCAAGAGACUGAUCACCAACCCCAGGCCGAAACUGGGGAGCCGGCAACUGGACAGGAUGCUUCAGACACCAUUACAGCUGACGUGCCUGACCACGACAUGCAAUAUGUGGGUACGGAACCGUCCGCCGCGGAGUUCGAAACCAAACUGGAGGAAGCCAAAGCGCGACUCCAGGCCAAGGUGGCAGGCAGCGAAGAGCCCGGACAGUCGACAGAGGUUGAUAUGUUGGAUCAAGGUACGGAACCGCAAGCCAUGGCAGAGGAUAGCGCCGUCGACGUGGCCAUGCAGACACGGGCCAUGCUGGACAUGAUCAUCACCGUUGUCGGGGAAUACUUUGGGCAACGGGAUCUUCUCACUGCACGGGAGAUCUGGAAAGAAGAUAUCCUCAUCUUUGAAUUCCUUCACUCACUCAUAACCAUGGCUCCGACUCUCGAAAUCUCCAUCCCGACGACAACCGUUUCGCACACCUCACCCCCCUACACAGUCUACAAUCUCACCCUUCGCCUACCUCUACGCUCCUUCACCGUUUCCAAACGCUACUCGGACUUUUCCAACCUGCACUCUGCCCUCACAGCCCAAACCAACAUCCCACCUCCAGCUCCUUUGCCCCCCAAAUCAUGGUUCGCCAACACCGUCUCCAACGCAAACUUCCGUGAAGACCGUCGCGUAGGCCUAGAAACCUAUCUCCGCGCCAUCAAUGAAGCAGACGACCCACGCUGGCGCAAUUCCAGCGCCUGGCGUGCUUUCCUUAACCUCCCCAGCGCUGCGGCAGCCAACGGCUCAUCGACCACGUCUUCGCGGCUUCAUGCGGCUAUCACGGAGCCUGGGGCAGCAGGGAACAAAAACUCCAUUACGGAUCCGACUUUGUGGCUUGAUUGUUAUAGGGAUAUGAAAGCGCAUCUGCAUGAUGCUAGAUUACACCUUACGAGACGGGACCAGGAGACAACGCCACAGAAGCAGCAUGAGAGCUCGGCGCAGGCGAAGAGUAGUCUUGUCCGGGCUGGGACGUUGAUUGGGACCCUUGAGGAUGGGUUGAAGCAUAUGGGCGACAAGGGGGAUACCCGGUCUGUGUCAUCUGGGCCAGGGAGUAGAGAGAGGGGAGUAUGGGGCAAUGGGAAUACUUUGGGCGAUGGAGAAUUACGCCGUAGGAAAGAUUUACUCACCAACGCUAGAAAGGAGAAAGAUGGACUGGAAAACCUGUUGAAUGCGAUGGCUACCAAGAGCAAGAUCGACACCGCUGUUGCCUCGAUACAGGAUAAGGAGGCAUUGAUGAGCGGCCCGAAUAAGAAGUUGCCUCGGUCUGGGAGGGUGUUGGGCAAGGAGACAGAGAGGACCCGUGAGUUGGAUAACCAGGGAGUGCUCCAGCUGCAAAAGCAGACGAUGGAUGAUCAGAACUUGGGUCUCGAGGAGUUGAGGAAGAUUGUGGCCCGGCAAAAGGAGCUAGGAAUUGCCAUCAACGAUGAAUUGCAGGUCCAGAGUGCGUUGUUGAAUCUGACAGAUGAAGAUGCAACAAGGUUACAACAAAAGGUCGACAUUGGCAAGAAGAGAAUAGGAAGGAUCUCAUGA